AAAAUCAUCAAAUUUAAAAAAUUUUAAAAAAUAAAGAAUCUGAAUACAGUCCUACUGUAUUCAACUUCAGAAUCUUAAUGCCCCAAGGUUUGCCGGCUCAAGUGCGGAAAAGCCAAUGGAUCAGCAGCGCCACCUCAACCCCGCCUCCUCCUCCCCCGCCGCACCUGUCAAACCACUUCAUUGUAUCGUCAAGCUCGGUGGUGCUGCAAUAACCUGUAAAAAUGAGUUUGAGACAAUAAAUGAGGAAAACCUCAAUAUAGUUUCAUCACAGCUAAGGCAUGCAAUGAUUUCGGGGCCUUGCCAUGGUAUGGAUUGGAGCAGAAGGCCUGGGUCAUCAGAAAUUCCGACCGUUGUUGAUGACUUGGAUGAUCAGUUGAUAGACUCCAAACAGUUUAUUGUUGUUCACGGUGCAGGUUCCUUUGGCCACUUUCAAGCUAGCAAGUCAGGGGUUCAUAAGGGUGGAUUGAGUAGGCCCCUAGUCAAGUCUGGUUUUGUAGCUACUCGAAUAUCUAUUUAUUUAUGUUCUACAGAGGGCAUUCCAUCUGUUGGACUGUCCCCAUUUUCAUGUGGCUGGUCGACUUGCGAAAGAAAUAUAACUUUGGCAGAUACUACGACUGUGGGCGAAGCUAUCGAUGCUGGGUUUGUACCUGUGUUGCAUGGGGAUGCGGUACUGGAUAGCUUACAGACAGAUGUUUUUGGAGUGUAUGACCGCCCUCCAACAGAACCUGGUGCCACACUCCUUAAGGAAAUCUCUGUGCGUGAAGACGGUUCCUGGUCAGUGUUGAAGCCUGAAUUGCAAGACAUGAGCAGGCAAGUCGAGAUAACUGUAGCUGCUCACGACACGACGGGUGGCAUGGUCACCAAAAUUUCAGAAGCUGCUAUGAUAGCUAAAUUGGGUAUUGAUGUCUACAUUGUGAAGGUAAUUUGGUUGCAAGUUCCGAAUCCCGACACUGCACUUUAUCUUGUUGCAUGGGCUAAUUGCAAAAGAUAUGAUAGGUUUGUUCAGGCAGCAACAAACCACUCAGAGAGGGCUCUGAAAGGACUGCUUAAAGAAGUCAUACCUGAUGACUGGCUUGGAACAAUCAUUCGACUAGCCAAGUAGUUAACAAAUGCUCCCUAUGCCAUUGGUAACCAAAGUACAACAUUCGAACUAAACCAGCUGUUGGGUUCUGCCCUAAGAACUAAGAUGUCAUGUAAGUUGUGGUGGUUUUGUUGUGUCCCAUUAAUUUGAAUCGACAACUGUGGCAUUGUCGCAUGUUCCAACAUGACUUUGGAAACCGUAAAUCUUGAAGCAUGAAUUGCGUGUGGAUUUUGAGAGCAAAAUUGCAUUGGAGAAGGUUCAUCAAUUUUGCUGUGUUUUGGUGGGUGCUCUUUUAUAUGUAAAAACAUGAGACCUGACUUUACCAAAAUUAAAUUUGUGCUUUUCAGUUCAUUUGCUUCAAG